CCAUAGUAGUUCCCUGAUUAACAGUGCGUUAGUUCCUAGCUAGUUGGUUGUUGCUGGGAUACGUAUCUAUCUAUCAGAUAGAUGCCUACCUACUCAUCACGACGAUCCCCACAGCUGGGCCGAUCGCAGCAGUUGAACGGGGUACCACGGAUGCACGGAGUCCCUUACACCACUGCAAGUACUAGGUUUAGCCUAGUGUCGGCCAUCUGUCGUUGAUGUAUUGAACAGCAACACCGUAAAAGGCAGAAAGCCCCUCGGGAAGCCCUCGGAUUUCAUUCAGUAGAUGAAUUCUUGUGGCUAAAGCUUAGGCAAAGGUUUCAUGCAGGCAGCACUCCACCUUUCCUUAGGCAGCCUAAACAGAUCACUACUUCAUCAUGGCAUCUUAGGGGUUUAAACCUUCAUUCCUUGUUAACCAAAGUGCAUGAUACUUUGUACUCUUACCUCGAUUCUCAUAGCAACAUGUCUAGUGCUGAGCCCAGUUCACUCCCCCGAAUUCUACGCAUUCCCAGGUCCGAUGAACCUGACACUUUUGUGCUGCUCCAUGUCUUGCGCCCCGGUUCAGCUGCACUGGAUUUGAACCUUGCUGCGACCGAAGGGGAAAUUCCAUACAAUGGGGUCGUGCGACAGUCUCAACUGCAGACUUAUCGUUCCAAGAAUUACCAGGGAACGGAUGAUGACUGGACUCAGAUCAUGCUACAUGCUUUGGGACAGGCAGGAACCCCCACAGAUGGUUGGAAUCUAUCUGGGGUUGGAUUAUCGGCUAGCAUCACUGGACAGGGUAGCGAAGGCAAUGAGUUGGUCAUCAUCAUUCGCAGAAGGAUACAUACCAUAACACAAAGGCUGGGCUCUAUAAUUCUGAGACAGGAUGACGAGCAAGCCAUCCAGCUAUUUGACUGGUCCGCUGUAGCCGUCACCAGGGCUGACUUCCUUGAACAGCGGCUGUCAACUUUGCAGCAACAAUGCCAUACAGCUGAGAACACAAUCAAUCAGCUAAGCCGGCAGAUCGAGGAGUUGAUUAGUGCUAAGGGCCGUCAUGAAGACCAGCUAAUGACGAACUUUACGCAAGCUUUAAAUCAGAAGAAGCUCAAAAUCCGCAAUCAACAACGCCUGCUAGCUUCAGCGAAGGUCGACAUGGAUGAGGUUGGCAGAGAUCGAGCGGCAUCAUCGAGUGUCGAUACCAGGCGUGUAAAACGUGGCAUUCCGACGAUAAGCGAUGAUGAACGUGGAAGCGAGGAAGAAGGUCGGAUCAAACAUCACUCUAACCUUGAAGAGACAGAUACAGAUGGUGGACCGAUUUCCCCUCCACAGCCAUUGGAGGAAGAAGACGAUACAACUGAUGAGGAUAUGCCCACGCCAUCCAAUGUCAAAUGGGGAGAAAGAGAACAGUAUGGUCCAAAAAAGGUCUACAACCCCCCUAGGGCGCAGAGAUAGUCCCCUCCUCCUCGAAGAGAGCUCCCAUUUACUAGGGUGUUAGAAUCUAGUGAUGGUGUAGUAGGGAAACUACCGCAUCAAUAGGACAAUGUCGGAGAAAGCGUAGGAGAGACGGACGAUGAUGAGCUGUGACAUUACAGCUAAUUUGUAGAAUGAUGCCCCGAUUUGCUCGGGCGCAGCGGGGGAAGUAUACACAUCAAUAGUUAUGUUUCGAGUCGUCGAAUAGUUAUACUAGCACCUAUAAGAGGAACCGAUUGAUGUUAUUCCCGG